AUGGCGGGAGGAGCAAUCGAACAGCAGUACACGACGGCGAAGAUAUCCGUGUGGUGGGAUAUAGAGAACUGUCAGGUACCAAAAGGCUUUGAGCCUCAUUCAAUCGCACAGAAUAUCAGUUCUGCCUUGGUUAAUAUGAACUACUGUGGACCGGUCUCGAUUUCGGCUUACGGCGACACUAACGGCAUCCCUGCUUCCGUCCAGCAAGGCCUCAACAGUACCGGAAUCGCUUUGAAUCAUGUUCCCGCCGGGGUCAAAGACGCAAGCGACAAGAAAAUAUUGGUGGAUAUGUUAUUUUGGGCUGUUGAUAACCCAGCCCCCGCCACUUAUCUAUUGAUUUCGGGUGAUAGAGAUUUCUCAAACGCGCUUCAUCAACUAAGAAUGCGGAAAUAUAAUAUUCUUUUGGCACAACCUCAGAAAGCGACUAUGCCCCUCGUUUCGGCCGCAAAGAGUGUCUGGCUAUGGACCAGUCUUUUGGCUGGAGGACCACCAUUAACAAAAGGCGAAUUAGCUGAUAAUUUAGUACAUGCUCCAGUUUCUGAAAACUUUAGUCAACCUGUUCGGAUUCCAAAAAGUCAGAUUAAUUCCAACUCUCAUCAACCAGGAUAUACACACCACCCUAGUUAUAGUUAUAAUGCAUGUUCAAGUGGAUCGGACUCUAGUCACAUACCUGUUCGCCCCGCCCCUGUUUAUUCGUGGAACAACGGCAAUAACGUGACUACCCACCAUCAUAAUCAUCCACAGUCGGUAAUGCCCCAAGGUCAUCUGCAACCAACAACUCCUGCACGUGCCCCAAUAGAUUUCUUUCCGCCGUAUAUUCGUCCUUCUAAUAUUCCACCUCGCAUUCCUGAUUUUGUUUACAAUGUUAGUAAGCUUAGUGUUUCCGAUAGCUCUGGCAGAGAACACAAUCCUCUAAUGACUAAACCACAUAAUCACGAAUACACAAACGGUCCACAAAAAGGACAUGGUAUGCUGAAAAAGUCUCAGUUUCACAAGGAAACUUCGAACAGUUAUCCACCAACUGUUACUAAUCCUGAUUAUCAAGCAUCUUCUUCUUCUUCAGAUUCGGACACCGCCACAAAUGGUUCUGGUGUGUCGGAAAAUGACCAAGGUACGAAGGUAAUUUUACGUGCCUUGAGCACACUGAAAUGUGAAAAGAUAAUGCCUACUGAAGAAAACAUAAUUAACUGCGUUCGUUACGUGAAACGUAAGCAACCCGAUAUUGAUGUUAAGAAGGCUCUAAAUAGUGCUUUCAAUCAGAAACUAGUAGUUAAACAUAUUAUUGGCCCGUUAUCAUUCUUUACUGGCAAAGAUGAAAGAUUAUGGAACUGUAUAAACCCUGAAGGUAAUAACGAUCACCCUAAAGCAACAUGGGACGAACUCCAGACGUUUUUAUCAACUCCUGCUGGUCGUUCUGCUAUAACUGCUUCCCAGUGCAGAUACGAGGCAGCAACUAUUAUAAAGAAAAAUUGCCUCAAAGGUACUGCUUUGGGUGAGAUACUUCAGAUUCUGCACUUGGCAAUCACUGCAAAGAAGUGGAUCAUACAUCGUCCAUUAGGAUGGCAACCCGUUUACAUCUCUUUUCCGCAGCCCAACUCGGAAUCCGAUCGGUAACCAACCGCCCUGCCAGUUAAAAAUGAAAACAAAGGGUUUUCUAUGGUUUUAGGUUAGUAGAAUUCAAUUAGCUUAAUAUAGAUUAGUAAUGGUCACUCAUAGGAUCUGGAUAAGCAUCAAUUUAAAAAUUGACUGUCCUAUUAUAGAUCACUAGGUGCACAGCAGCACAAGAAUGCCAGCUGCCUGUUUAUCGUCUUAUUUUUAUUUAGUCACUUGUCGGUAAUUCGAGAAGUACGUUUGACGAAACAUCAAGGUCAAACAUGAUUUAACAUUUUUCUUUAGGCUGCAUAGAGAUAAACCAUGGGACAUAGAUUAUAGAUAGCAAACAGUCACAACCCUUUGGGAGAUGAUCUAAUCAUGUUUCGUUCAAUCCUGACAAGAGACUGCUUGUCAUAUGGAUGAUUACAAUAUUGUAGUCGAGGGUUGAACCUGUACGAUUAAGCACAUGAUGACGGGUUUAGUCGAAAUAUGUUAGCCGACACACAUUUUUUGCUCGCGAUCGGAGGGAAGAUUUACCUUCUGCUACACAAAUCCAGCCUAGUUGUUGCGCAACAGGGUUAUUUAAAUAUUUUAUGUUCUGAAACGGGUGAAGUUAUUACAGGAACAAUGGUUUCGAGUAUUUUUUUUUUUUUUAUAGUUGCAAACCAGCCCCCGGGGCCUAAGGUAUGAAUACGAUCGUCUAGUUUAGUGAAAUGAUUUGAACUUAUUAUUUGCCAGGUUUAUUGUUUAUUAGCAUGACAAUUUUUUUUUCAGUUUUUGUGAAGAAGCUUGGCCUUGGUAUUGUAUGCUUAUCAAGUUAAUUUGGCUUUUAGAAAACAUUUCUGGUUUACAUAGUUUACUUUUAUUUGUAUAUAGGUGAAAAAAUAUACAGACAAAACUACAAUGAUU